AUUAUUAUUAUUAUUAUUAUUAUUAGACGUUGGCGAACUUCAGUAUAUUAAUUUAGUUACACAAUAAGAACUGAUCUGAUAGUAAAAACUGAUGAUAAAAACUACCGUACUCUACCUGCUAAUUCGAUUAUCUCUUUAUUAUUUUUAUUUAGAAUAAAGAGAUUAAAAUAACCUCAAAUACGGCAUUUCAAUAUAAAUUUAUAGAUACAAUCAACAAUAAUAGAAGAAAAUUAAGGUAUAUAGGAAUAAUAAUAAUGCCACCAAAAAAAACAAGUGGAUCAAAAUCAGGAAAGUCAACAAAAAAUAGUGAUGAAAGUGAUAAAGGAAAAAGUGAAAAAAAAGGAGGCACCUCUAUAAAGGUUAGACACAUUUUGUGUGAAAAGCAAUCAAAAAUUAUCGAAGCUUUGGAAAAAUUAAAAGCUGGACAAAAAUUUAAUGAAAUAGCCGCUACGUACAGUGAAGAUAAAGCUCGUUCAGGAGGAGAUCUUGGAUGGAUGACUAGAGGAUCGAUGGUUGGCCCAUUUCAAGAUGCAGCUUUUGCUUUACCUGUAUCUACUCUAGCCAAUCCAGUAUACACCGAUCCUCCAGUUAAAACAAAAUUUGGCUACCAUAUAAUAAUGAUAGAGGGAAAAAAAUAAUUUUUUUUACACCCCUCCAUAUAAUUAAUAUAAAUUAUUAACAAUAAUUUUUGUAAAUAUAUAUUUUUAUUGCUACAAUAAAUCGUUUUUAUUAAAAAGGAAAAAAAAAUAUA